AUGGAAUCAAGGUUUUCAGUGAAACUCAACCUGUCGUCCAUGCGUGUACCUGGCGAGGGUCUGGUUCUGAGACAGUCUCAGGAAUGGAGGACCCAAAUGCAGAGAGGAGCAGGAAGGGGGACAGAGGGCUCAAAAGAAGGGGACAAGACAAAGAGGAAAAACCCAACAACCCCGACAACAAAAACAACCACCCCGAAAACAACAGCAACCCGGACAACAACAACAACAGCAACCCAGACAACAACAACAACAGCAACCACCCCGACAACAACAACAACAACAAAAGAAGAUCCACCACCUCAUACUUGGGUGACUGGAGUAGUCGUCUCCUUCCUCCUCCUCCUCCUCCUCCUCCUCCUCAUCAUCGUCUACUUAGCUCGGAGAAGGUGCAAAAGACGAGGAAGUGAAGAAAGAAGCAACGUCUACGAAGAGAUACCGGACCGAGUUUGCUUUCAGACGACAAAUGGUGGAGGAGCGUCGACCGCACAAGGAGCUGCACUCUGCAUGGCGGAUCUUACAGAUGGAUCGGACCGACACGAUCACACGUACGACACCGUCCCUCAUCUUCCACCAGAGAAGAAGAAGGCCGUGGCACCGCUCCCCAAUGAGCGCCUAUAUUCCCUGGUUGGAAAUCCUUAUAAAGAUUCGUCGCAGGUCGAUGUCAACACGUACUGUUUGCUGCAGAAACCAAAAGUGACGACGAACGACUAGAACCAACCUCUC